UUAUUAUCAUGCCUAAAUUUUCCAAAAUAGACAAUUUACGUACAUGCAUUUCCAUUAACGAUUUUCAUCAUUAAGCGCUUUGUAAUCACGAAACACUUUACGCUAUCAACAAUGCUCCAUGAAAAUCGCAGAUCAUCGAUGACCCGCGGGGCACAGAAAACGUGUUAAUGAAUCGCCGUGUUCUAUGGGGGGCAUGUCCAAUACUUGGCGUGUAACACGUCGUUAAAACGCGGUCAACUCGUGGGAACGCGCGGGUUGCAGGGCGUCAAGAGCGCUACCAAGCAUCGUACCAAGAGCCAAGAGAAGUGGCGAACGGCGGCAUGGCGCGAAUCACAGACGUGCCUACAUUAUAUUUUCGUAGCGGCCGUUCCUGUUUACACGGCUGCGGUAUACACAUGAUGUUCAUAUAGACACAUAACGUUGAGAACGCGUCGGUGGCCGAUUACGCGCUUUGCUACACGCGUCCGCAUUAAUGGCGAGCCUCGUGUGCAUUGCUGAUCUGCUGAACGUCUUUGAAAUUUCGUCGAAAUUUUACUUUCGACCUUAAGAUUUUAAUAUUUCAUGUCUAAACUCACUGUCGUGUAACUUAAAUAGCAAGAUGAGCCUCAUUCGAUGCUACUUAAUCUACGUAUUGUUUGGAAUUAACAAAUCCUGUUUGAGCUUUGGCAAGAGCUACUCUUUUGACUCGCUAAGGAGGAAAUUGUCCGUUGACAUAUUGAGAUUUAUAUUUUUAUUAUUAAUUAUUACAUAUAAUCUAAAUGCUACUUUGAUAGAAACGCUUGAAACGAUAAUGUUUGAGGAUUUUUAUUAUUUAUUUCUCUCUUUAUUAUAUAUAAUAAUAAUAAAAAAUUAUAGAAUUUUUAAAUUAAAUUUGUCAUAGUUUGCUUGACGUUUAUAAUUGUUUAAAAGUUAGAUCGAGACUGGGAGCAAAAUUGCGACUUUGAGUUCUCGUGGAAGAUUUCGUGGUUCCACAACACACACACACACUCACAUAUCUUUGGAACAUCAUGAUGUGUCCGUGUAUUUGAUGGGAACCGCUAUUUUCGGAUCCUUUUUCGCGAUCGAGAUUUUCACGCGCGGACUUUAUCGCAGCGAAAUUGCGAUGUCAGCUGAUCGUUUGGCAACUUCGCGACUACAUUCGAAUUCUUCCUUCGGUAAGACUAAUGGUGACGAUAAAUACGUCGCUGCAGCCAGAAAACAUCCGGGAGGAUGCGGUUAAUUCUCGGAAGUUGCGGUUAAUAUUGCAAAUGGCCAUCUGGCAAGAUUUCACUUCCAGAACUACUGGCGUUUAUCACUUUCGAUAAAAUAAUUUCAACCAUAUAGCUUCAAUAUAGCUCUAUCUUUUAUCGGCUUUUUCUUCUGAACGCAUUAUAAGAGGAUAAUUAAGAAAUGGUGGAUUCAGAGAGAGAAUAUACAUUUUUAAUGUAUAUGAUAUAAUAUAUUGACAUAUAUCUUUAUAAAAUUUAUUUGAUACAAAGGAAUAACGGUUUUAUUUAGGAAAACUUAAUUAUUUGUACUGAUUACAUGUUAUUACAUGAUACAAUUUUUCAUACAAUAUUUAAGAACAUUACUAGGAAGUCUCUUUAUAUUGUUGCGCAUUAGAGAUAGCGCAUUACGAUAUCUUUAUAUUAAAGAUUAUUACAUUAAUAAUUUGACGAUGAAUUAUACGAUUCAUUGGUACGGCAUGCAAUCUUCUGCGUCUUGAAGUAUCUUAUUUAUUAAUGUGUUUACUUGCUCUUAUGAUUUUAUGAUUCACUGCUGUAUGUACGUAUAUUGCCAAUAUGCCUAGCACUAGCAUUUAUAGUUUCUUACCACGUAUUUCUGUACUUAGAUCAUUUUUAAUUUUAAACUUCACUUGAGAUUCGGAAACCUUGAGAAAGAGAAGAAGCGAGAGAAAGACAAAGAGAGAGAGAGGUAUUAUAAUUUUAGAAAUUUUAAGUAUAUUGCAGAUGUUAAGGUUCCCACAGAUAAUUCAUCAAAUAUCUUGAGAUUCGAGGAUGAAAGUUAUGGUUUGAGAUCUAAUAAUAUCUGAAAAUCCAAGCCAAAGUGUUUCAAUCUCGCAUUCUGGAGAUACAUUGAAAAACGUAUUAAAACAAAAGUAUUUUAUUAUUACCGAACUUUCUAAAAAUACCGAAUUUUCUAAAAAUACCAAACUUUUUAAAACAAUUUUCUAUAAAUAUUUUCGUUUCAUAUGUAAUAUGAUUUGUGAAAUACGUAGAAAGGGAUGUGCCAAAUUCUAAUGACGAUAAUAACUGCCAAAGAAAAUACGAAGAUAAUAGAUAUACUUAUCAACCUCUAUUCAUAGUCAUAGCAAGAAAAUAUGUAAUUAUUGUGAAAAAUCUAAUCAGGAAAAUGGUACGUUCUAGUGCUCUCAAGUUUUCUCAAACAAUUUGUUAUGUUUCGUAAGCAGCCCGUGUCGGAAAUAUUUUCACGGUUGUACUUCGAAGCGUGUAAUAAUUAAUCGUGAGUGCAUUCUCAUGUUGGCGUACGAUCUACAUAUACGAAACGUGGCGCCGAGCAGCUUCCAUUUCCCAGUGUACCAAUUAAGAUAAGUUGCGAUAAUGUUUGGGAUAUCCGUUGUGAUACACAUAUUGAUACGAUAGCGGUAUCUAUGAUAAAAAUGUGCGGCACAUUGAAGUGCUAUCGCAAGAUAUAACAGCAUAGUAAAAUACGUGGUUAAUUAUAUUAAAUACUGAGGUAAUAGUAAAGGCGAUACACAUUUACCUUUAUUUAUGAUAUACGCUUUAUACGUAUGUAUAUGUUUUAAUAUCUAAAUGAUUAUUUUUUUAUACUAAUAAGAAUUCUAAAAAUUGAAGAAGAAUCGCGCACUUCGGGAAUUCAGUUUUAAUUUAUUCGAAAGGUACUGAGUAAAUUACGGUGAAGUGAAGCAAUUAGAAGAUAUGUUAAAUGUGUUGGCCUUCGUGUGCGCGAGAAAAUGUCGCGUCACCUAUUAAUAAAAAUCUUCGAAGUGAUGCGUCACACGUUGUUGUUUUCUACCCUUUGCAAUUACCUUAAUGUAUUUUUAAUCAAGACGGUGCGAGAGCAGUUUAAUUAUCAGCCAAGUGUUUUUAUCGAUAAUCAUCGUGAUUGACUGAACCAGUCCAGCAAGAAUAUUUAAAGAAUUAUUAAUCGAUUACAUGUUGACGAAACUAAAGUGUAAUGUAUUAUUAUACAUGAUUACGUCUUUUUCUUGCGAAAUUUUAAGUCGCAUGUUACUAUUUUAUUAAUAAUAUUCGCUCUGAAAUAGAUAUUAUGAUUCUUAUCUGACUAAUACAUAUAAUUUACUCAGAAAGCUUUCCGGAAGAUUUCCAGUUAUAUUAUUUUUUGUUGAUGCUGUUGACAUUACAUUUUUACUGCAUUUGACGUACAACAGUUUUAAGAAAACAACGAGAAAUGCAUCUCGUGAUGAUUAAUUACAAAGAAACAUCAUUAGGCGAACAAUUAACUUAACAAUAAAAAAUUCAUUAUCUGGUUUUUACGCUUCGCUUGAACGUUACGUAAUCCACUCUGCCACGCAAGUCUAUCGUAAUUACACAGAGAUAUCAAUUGAGUUCCCCCCGUUUAAUCGAGGAGCGAAACUUAUUUCAGAAAAGCACGUGUCUGCCAGUAGAUAUAAUUAACACGUUGCUUAGCGAGAUGGGAUGGCGCAAAGAGGAGACAGGGAGGACACGGGGGAAUAACUAUGUGGAAAAUGAGUGCCGACUGGCAUUCUAAAUUGGUAACACAAUUGGAUAUCUCUUACUAAACUGGAUAUCGCUCCGAGGAAUACUCGAGGGAACGGAUCCCACUUCCAAUGGAUCUAUUUUCAUUGGCUCUCGAGUUUAUAAAUAAUUUACAAUGCAAAUUGGGUCAUCGAGAGCAUACACCGGGAGCAUCUCAUUGUGAUAAACAAUUAGAAUAUGCGCACCUCCGCGAUGGUCUUCCACUGCAAUUAUCGCGGCAUGUACGCAAAUUUAGUUAUCAAAUAAAUUUCAUUAUCCACGUGGAGAGGAAACAUUUAUAAUUUUAAUUUGUCAAUCAGAUUUGUCUGAAAGCUAUUUUUGCGUUUAGCAAGGUAUGGAGGUACGGUUGUCGAUUUCGCGUCAAGCAUUGUUAACAUGCAUUGUUGGUGCAUCCGGUUCGACUUAUGGAUUUUUACUUAAAUGCUGUAUUCUUAGCGACGCGCAUACGUCAGUGAUCGUAUACUUAGAUACGUACAUUGUUAUUUUAGCAGCGAUCAUAAUUCCAUUUCUCGGGUGUCGUCAACUUUCAAGAGAAGACGUUUCCCUUGUUCGUUCCACGUAUUUUUAAUGAAAUAAAGAUAGCUCCGGAUUUGCUCGGCGUAUUGAAGAUCUUUUUUAUUAAAACACUGAAAGCGACAGGAGGCGACGGGUUGUUUCUCUUCUUAACAAGAUUUUCAUAAUGAAAUUGUGCCUACAGCGUGUCUAUACUUACUCUUCAAACGAAUUUCUUUCACGAAUGUUUUGAGUCACUGCGAAUGCAGGAAAAUCUUUAAUUAUAAUGCUGAAACGCAUUAAAAUUUAUUUGGUCCUUUUCUGUCGUAGGUGCAGCCGCGAGAUAAAAUGAGCAAGCCAACCCGGAAGAGACGCUCUUAACAUUAACCGGGAAAACGCCGUAUCUGGGCUGACCCUACCGGAAGUCGGUGGAACGCCGCGGAGAUGACGAAGAAGUUCGAGUUCAACUGGCAGAUCGAGGUGCCGGAAGCGCUCCGUACCGGAUGCGUCUUUGAUCGCUGGACGGAGGAGAAGGACAACACGGAAAUCGAGUUCGACUGUACGUUCAAGGUCGACGAGUAUGGUUUCUUCAUCUAUUGGCAGAGCGAGGGAAAGGAUGGCGAUGUCAUAGAGCUGUGUCAAGUGAGCGACAUUAGGGCUGGAGGAGUUCCCAAGGAUCCAAAACUGUACGACAAGCUGCUCAGUAAGCAUGGUGAACAGUUGGAUGAUAAAAGUCUGACCAUCUGUUCUGGCGUCGAUUACACGAACAUCAAUUAUCAGCACGUCGUGUGUCCGGAUCCUGCCACAGCCAAGGUAUGGUUGGACGGCGUUCGAUCGAUUACGCACAAUGUCAAAGCGAAUAACGUUUGCCCGCUUACAUGUCUGAAGAAACACUGGAUGCGGCUGAGGAUGCUGGUGGAUCCCAACGGGAAGGUUCCCGUGAAAGUGGUUGCGAGAACUUUCGCGUCCGGCAAAACGGAAAAGCUCGUUUAUCAGUGUCUGUCCGAGUUAGGCCUACCUAGUGGAAAGAACGAUGUGAUAGAGCCCGACGAUUUCACCUUUGACGCAUUCUAUGCGCUGUACCACAAAAUCUGCCCGAGGAACGACAUAGAGGAAUUGUUUCAAUCUAUAACGCAGGGCAAGGCCGACACGAUUAACCUGGAACAACUGAUCACCUUCCUCAAUGAGAAGCAAAGGGACCCGACUCUGAACGAGAUCCUCUACCCGCUCUACGACGAGAAACGGGCACUAGAGAUUAUCAAUGAUUAUGAGCAGAACGAGGUUGCGCGCAAUGAGAAAACGAUGACGAAGGACGGCUUCAUACGGUACCUGAUGUCGGAUGAGAACGCCCCGGUCUUCCUCGACAGGCUGGACGUUUAUAUGGAUAUGGACCAAUCGCUGGCACACUACUACAUCAACUCGAGUCACAACACGUACUUGAGCGGACGGCAGUUCGGCGGGAGGAGCAGCGUCGAGAUGUAUCGACAAGUUCUGCUAGCCGGCUGCAGGUGCGUAGAACUGGAUUGCUGGGACGGCAAGGGGGAGGACGAGGAGCCAAUAAUCACUCACGGCAAAGCCAUGUGCACUGAUAUCCUAUUCAAGGACGUCAUAUAUGCUGUUAGAGACACGGCCUUCGUAACAUCGGAAUAUCCAGUGAUUCUCAGCUUCGAAAAUCAUUGCAGCAAAAAGCAGCAAUAUAAGCUGGCGAAGUACUGUGAUGAAAUAUUGGGUGACUUGUUGCUGAAGGAGCCACUAAAAGACUAUGCCCUGGAGUCGGGAGUACCGCUGCCGCCACCCAGCAUGCUGAAACGCAAGAUUCUCAUUAAGAACAAGCGGCUGCAGCUCGAAGUCGAGAAGCAGGAGCUCGAGCUUUUCAAGCAAGGCCAAUUUGUGAUCGAGGACGAGGUCAAGGAAGACGCCAGCGCGCCGCCCACCGUCGCCGCCGUCGUGGAACAACAACCGGUAAAGGAAGAGAUUUCCGAGGUGGUGACGUCGGUCCUUCAGCAGCAGCAAUCCGGAAGUGGUUCCGUGGGACUCGGUGAGAGCAUAGAGCUCGUGGCGGCUCAGCCUUACACCGGAAGUACCACCAAUGUACACCCCUGGCUGUCCUCCAUGGUCAACUACGCACAACCCAUAAAGUUUCUUGGCUUCGACAUCGCCGAGCAAAAGAAUAUCCAUCACAACAUGUCUUCCUUCGCGGAAACGGCUGGUCUGAACUAUCUGAAAACGUCGGCCAUCGAGUUCGUAAAUUACAAUAAGCGGCAGAUGAGCCGAAUUUAUCCGAAGGGUACACGCGCCGACUCCUCCAAUUAUAUGCCGCAGGUCUUCUGGAACGCUGGCUGCCAAAUGGUGUCGCUGAACUUCCAGACUGCGGAUCUGCCCAUGCAACUGAAUCAAGGCAAGUUCGAGUACAACGGCUCUUCGGGCUAUUUGCUGAAGCCGGAUUUCAUGAGACGCGCCGAUAGAAGCUUCGAUCCUUUCGCCGAGAGCCCCGUGGAUGGAGUGAUCGCCACACAAUGCAGCGUUCAGGUAAUCGCGGGCCAGUUUUUAUCCGACAAGAAAGUUGGGACCUACGUGGAGGUUGAGAUGUACGGCCUACCAACCGACACGAUACGUAAGGAGUUUCGCACUCGAGUGGUUCCUGCGAACGGUCUGAAUCCCGUUUACAAUGAGGAGCCCUUCCUGUUCAGAAAAGUCGUCUUACCGGACCUCGCCGCCUUGAGAUUCGCCGUGUAUGACGAGUCGAAUGGCAAGCUGCUCGGACAAAGAAUCGUUCCUCUGGACGGUUUGCAAGCCGGUUACCGGCAUAUUGCGCUGAGAACCGAGGCCAACUUUCCUAUGUCGCUACCGAUGCUGUUUUGUAACAUUGAGAUUAAAAUUUAUGUGCCGGACGGCUUUCAAGAAUUCAUGGACGCCUUAACGGCGCCACGAGCGUUCAGGAAAACGGAGAGCAUGUCGCAUAACAAAAUGCGCGGCCUGGGAAUCGAAGAGAGUGACAGCAGGAACAAUAUGGACAACAAAAAUAAUGUAUCGUCUCUUCAUCACGAAGCGUCUAAACCGAGAGAAGAAAUCAAAUUCGAUCCCGUCACGCUGGAAACUUUGAGGCAGGAAAAGGGUUACCAAAAAGUAUUACGAAAACAGCAGAAAGAACUGGAGUCGUUGAAAAAGAGGCAUCACAAGGAGAAGCUGACUGUCCAGAAGCAACACUGCGUUGCUAUAGAGAAGAUUUUUAAAGGAAAAAACAAAGCGGAACUUUCGAGGGAUCCCAUCGUCCGCAGGGCCGUUUCUGAACAAACGGCCCAAUGGUCGCGUCUCGCCGACAGGCAGCGCCGGGAGGAACGUGACCUGGUUCGCGGCCACCUGGAGGAACGACGGGCGCAGUUGUGCAAAUUGUGCGUGGCCGCGCAGCUGGCGCAGCAGAAACAGCUGACCGCGCGACAAGACCGCGAGAUGAAGGAGAUGACCGCGCGACAGGCGAGGCUGUCAGUGGAGAGCGCGAGGGAGGUGAUGAACGAUAAGACCCUGAAGACGCGCGGGAUCAAGGAGGGCAGGCUGAGGGAGAAGCAGCAGAACAACACGAAGAAGUUCAUGGAGGAACGGAAGAUCGCGCAGAUGAUUCAGAACCGGGAGAAGGAGAAGCUGAAGGUGAUCCACGAGAAGCAACUGGAGGAGCUGCAGAAGGACAUGAACGCGAUUAUGGAUAUGUACAAGAACGAGGACAUGGACUACGAACUGGCCAAGAUGCUGGCCGAGUUCUAUGUGUGA